AUGUCGGCUUGUGAGUCUCAAAAAACAGAAGCGUCUAAGGACAAUGUUUCUACUCAUUCCGUAGACGAAGGUUUGCCUCGCGAACUAAGCCAGUUGAGCCUUUCUAGUGCAUCAAAUCCAGAUGAGUUUCAUUGUAAUAAAGGACAUUCUGAAAUCACAAUGAAAAAUAUAUUUGGAUAUUAUCAAUCACAAAAACUAUGCGACGUAUCACUGAUUGCAGGUGGAUGUAGGAUUCCAGCGCACAAAGUUGUUUUGGCAUCUUGCAGUGAGUACUUUGCAGCCAUGUUCACAGGCUCCCUAAGAGAAGCUCAGUCAUCAGAAAUAACUCUAGAACGAGUUGACUCACAAGCACUUAGAUCACUUGUUCAUUAUUGCUACACAGGCAUUAUAGAGUUAAGUCAAGAAACAGUAGAGAUUCUUCUGUCAACAGCUAGUUUGCUACAGUUACAUUCGGUUACAAAAGCUUGUUGUGAUUUUCUUGAAAAGCAGCUGGAUCCAUGCAACUGUUUAGGAUUUGCUUUGUUUGCUGAACAACAGUCCUGUAUGGGGUUACAUAAAAGUGCUUUGGAAUACACAUAUCAACAUUUUAUGCAGGUUGUUAAACAUCAAGAAUUUUUAUCCCUGCAAUCUGAUCAACUGUCUAGUUUACUGAAAUCAGAUGAUCUUAAUGUAGUUACUGAAGAAAAUGUUUUUGAAAGUCUUAUGGCCUGGGUCCAACAUGAUAAUCCCAACAGACAACAGUAUUUGCCACCUUUACUGAAACUAAUCAAGCUCCCUUUGCUAUCAUCAGAGUAUUUAAUUGACAAAGUAGAGCAGGCUUGUGGUGAUGUACCUGAAUGUCAACCUCUUAUAAUGGAAGCAGUUAAAUGGCACUUGUUGCCUGAAAGACGCUCUCUAUUAUUCUCGCAUAGGACUAGACCUCGAACUUCAACUAUCGGAAGACUUUUAGCUAUUGGUGGCAUGGAUGGUUAUAAGGGUGCUAGCAAUAUGGAAAUGUAUGACCCACGAACAAACACAUGGACGCCAUUUAUGAGAAUGGGUGCAAGACGGCUACAAUUUGGAGUGGCCGUAAUGCAAAACAAAUUGAUUGUUGUUGGAGGAAGAGAUGGCCUUAAAACACUUAAUACCGUGGAGUGUUUCGACCUGACGUCGCUUAGCUGGAGCACCCUGGCGCCGAUGAACACGCACCGGCACGGACUGGGCGUGGCCGUGCUGGGCGACGGACCCAACUCCCCCAUAUACGCGGUCGGGGGACACGACGGCUGGAUAUAUCUUAACUCUGUUGAAAGAUGGGACGCGUGCUCGCGCACGUGGACGAUGGUGUCUCCGAUGGCGGGCGCGCGCAGCACGUGCGGCGUGGCGGCGCUGCGCGGGCGCCUGUACGCCGUGGGCGGCCGCGACGGUGGCGCGUGUCUGCGCUCCGUCGAGUGCUACGACCCCGCCACCAACCACUGGGCCAACUGCGCGCCCAUGACGCGCCGGCGCGGCGGCGUCAGCGUGUGCGCAGCGAGCGGGUACCUGUACGCGCUGGGCGGGCACGAGGCGCCGGCCAACACGGUGGGCGGGCGCCUGGCGUGCGUGGAGCGCUACGACCCCGCCGCCGACUCGUGGGUGAUGCUCGCGCGCCUCUCCUACGGCCGCGACGCCAUCGGCUCUUGUCUGCUGGGCGAUAGGAUUGUGGCCGUUGGCGGGUACGACGGCGUGCAGUACCUGUGCGUGGUGGAGGUGUACGACGCGGAGGCGGACGGCUGGCACAAGCUGGCGCCGCUGAGCACGGGCCGCGCCGGCGCCGCCGUCGUGGCCGUGCCGCCGCCGCGCACGCUCUUC